AUGGAAUAUGAUGAGAAGUUGGCCCGGUUCCGGCAGGCCCAUCUCAACCCCUUCAACAAGCAGCGUGGGGCGAGGCAGCAUGAGCAGCGGGCUGGGGAGGAGGCCCCCGACGUCGCUUCCGAAGAGACCCUGCCUGAGCUGGCCCCUGGGGAGCCGGAGUUCCACUGUGCCGAGCGCAUGAUGGAUCUCGGCCUGUCUGAGGACCACUUCUCCCGCCCCGUGGGCCUGUUCCUGGCCUCGGACAUCCAGCAGCUGCAGCAGGCCAUCGAGGAGUGCAAGCAGGCGAUCCUGGAGCUGCCCGAGCAGUCAGAGCGGCAGAAAGACGCCGUCGUGCGGCUCAUCCACCUCCGGCUGAAGCUGCAGGAACUAAAGGACCCCAACGAAGAUGAGCCCAACAUCAGAGUGCUCCUGGAGCAUCGCUUCUACAAGGAGAAGAGCAAGAGCGUCAAGCAGACGUGCGACAGGUGUAACACCAUCAUCUGGGGCCUCAUCCAGACCUGGUACACCUGCACAGGGUGUUACUACCGCUGCCACAGCAAGUGCUUGAACCUUGUCUCCAAGCCCUGCGUGCGCUCCAAAGUCAGCCACCAAGCCGAGUACGAGCUCAGCAUCUGCCCGGAGGCCGGGCUGGACAGCCAGGACUACCGCUGUGCCGAGUGCCGGGCGCCCAUCUCUCUGCGGGGUGUGCCCAGCGAGGCCCGGCAGUGUGACUACACCGGCCAGUACUACUGCAGCCACUGCCACUGGAACGACCUGGCGGUCAUCCCGGCGCGCGUGGUGCACAACUGGGACUUCGAGCCCCGCAAGGUGUCCCGUUGCAGCCUGCGUUAUCUGGCGCUGAUGGUGUCUCGGCCGGUGCUCAGGCUCCGGGAGAUCAACCCUCUGCUGUUCAAUUACGUGGAGGAGCUGGUGGAGAUCCGGAAGCUGCGCCAGGACAUCCUGCUCAUGAAGCCAUACUUCAUCACCUGCAAGGAAGCCAUGGAAGCGCGUCUGCUCCUGCAGCUCCAGGACCGGCAGCAUUUUGUGGAGAACGACGAGAUGUACUCGGUCCAGGACCUCCUGGACGCGCACACGGGCCGCCUGGGCUGCUCGCUCACUGAGACCCACACCCUCUUCGCCAAGCACAUCAAGCUGGACUGUGAGCGGUGCCAGGCCAAGGGUUUCGUUUGUGAGCUCUGCAGAGAGGGUGACGUGCUGUUCCCCUUCGACAGCCACACAUCCGUGUGCAGCGACUGCUCCGCCGUCUUCCACAGGGACUGCUACUAUGACAACUCCACCACGUGCCCCAAGUGUGCCCGGCUCAUGUUGCGGAAGCAGUCUCUCUUCCAGGAGCCUGGUCCGGAUGUGGAUGCCUAG